AUAGAGCGGUGAAAAGCUCUGGUUGUGUGAGAGCAGUGCGCAAUUGCAACCGUAGCCGGUCUUAUAGUAAGCCACCGACCAUGACGCGCAGGAGCGCCUUUACGCAAGCAGGAUGUCCACAGUUUGCGAAUAAUCACAGCAGCCAGCAAUAUUUCGGAAAGAAAAUAACUAUGUUUUAGUGCCUCCUGUUUUCAUAUAUUGGAUACAAAGCCAGGCCCACUCAGUGGAUUGAGAGAACCGAAGCUACGUUCUUCAGAGCAGCCGCGAUGGAGGAGCAGCGGGAUCUGAACAGCACGGAUAGCAGCGAGGGAGAGAGCGUGUCUCCGUCUCCCAGCCUGCCCUCUCCGCCCAUACUGCCUCUGCAGGUCGGCCAGCAGGCCCACAGAACCACCAACUUUUUCAUUGACAACAUUUUGCGGCCGGACUUCGGCUGUAAGAAGGAGCACGGUCUGGGCCCGCGGGAGAGGGCGCACACCUCCGGCCGGGAGCGCGUCCACCCGGUGGUCAUCAGGCCGAGCCUUCCCGGGACACCGUGCCAGGACUCCAACUGCAGCAGUGACAGCUCUUCGUCUUCCGCCUCCUCCGCCUCUUUGGCGAGUCCCAAAAAGAGUAACGGCGGCGGCGGAGGAGGCGCACCUGCCUCCACCGGGAGCGGCGGCGUGAAAGCCGAGGACAGGACUGGCGGCGGGGCCGCGGAGAAUACGUCCUCCUCGCUGGUGGUGCUCAAUGGUACCGGGGCGCCCACACCGGAGAGCCAGCCGCUUCUGUGGCCUGCCUGGGUCUACUGCACCCGGUACUCGGACAGGCCCUCAUCUGGUAAGACCAGAGUUUCACGAAAAAAAAACAGCUCCACAGCUUUAAUUACACCACGGAAAUU